CCCAGAACCAGAACAAGUCCAGAUCAGAUCCAGGAACAGAACCCAAACCAAAACCAGCAUCAACAUGAAGUUCUUCUCAGUUGUCACCGUCUUUGUGCUCGGUCUGCUCGCCCUGGCCAAUGCUGUUCCCCUGUCGCCCGAUCCCGGCAAUGUGGUCAUCAACGGCGACUGCAAGUACUGCAAUGUCCAUGGAGGAAAGUAGGGGCCUGCCACCCUUGCCCGAAUAUCGACCGAAGGCCAUACAUAGAUAAAAAAAAAAUAAACAUACCUCAAACUUAA